AUAAGUGAGAAAAUGAACGAAUAAAAUGUUGAGGUGAAAUAAAAUCAAUAUGGCGAUGGUUAUAUCUCAGACGACGAAGGCGGCGAUAGGCGGGAUCCUAGCGCUGAUGAUACUCGGAGCUGUUCUGGUGGUGGGGGUGGCUUUUGGCUGGUUUGACCCCAAGAGGGAGGAUGAGGAUACGCCGGCAAAGAUCAGCGCGCGGCUGCAAGGACGGACGUCGUUUGUAACGCAUCGCGCGGUAAACCCAGAUGAAAACAGACUGCCAGUGACAUCACAUUCGUCUCCAUUCAGCCUCAAAGGAGAAAAAAUCAAUACAGUUGCCAGCGCCGGACAGUGUAGAUGUAGUGUUAACGACUUUUCACAAAUUUUGGAGGCCCUGCCGGAAUUAAAAGGACCCCCGGGGCCUCAAGGCCCCACAGGUGCAGACGGCACAACCGGGGCUCCAGGCAAAACGGGUCAAAUGGGAGAUCCAGGCCCCCCAGGGUCUCCCGGUCAGAAGGGCGACCGAGGGGAGCGGGGCGACGUCGGUGCCCCGGGUGUCGAGGGGCAACCGGGCCCCAAAGGGGAGCCGGGACUAGAUGGCACCCCGGGGUUACAGGGGCCAGUGGGCCCGCCUGGUCCACCUGGAGUGGUAGCUUCGGCUCUUAUAGAAACUACUCGGUUAUACGGAAAUGGCGACCGCGGAAUUCAGGGGCCUCCCGGAGAACGGGGGCCCAUGGGUCUGACGGGGCCCAAAGGGGAGAGGGGUUACCAGGGAAAUAAGGGAGAGAGAGGGUUGCAUGGAUCCAAAGGCGACAAGGGAGAGCGGGGGUACGUUGGCCUUCGGGGGCCCCACGGUGCGAAAGGCGAGCGGGGCCCCGCCGGCCGAGACGGGAUACCUGGCCUGCCAGGCCAAAAUGGCCGGCCCGCGGAAAAAGGAGAAAAAGGGGCCCAAGGUCUGCCGGGGCCUCCGGGGCCCGCAGGUGGGGGCCAGGCCGAAAACUUAAUUACAACUGACGUCGCCCGCACAGGGCCGCGGGAAGUUCUCAAACUGAAGGGUGACAGGGGGGAGAGAGGAGAAAAGGGAGAAAAAGGGACUCGUGGUAUGGAAGGACCGCAAGGUUUUCCUGGAACUGAUGGGAAACCUGGCGAGCGCGGAGACGUGGGGCCAUCCGGCCUUCCCGGAGUGCAGGGGCCCCAGGGACUCUCGGGGCCCAAAGGGGACAAAGGGGAGGCGGGGCCACCCGGACCGGUUGCUUUUUCGAAAGACGAAGCUGCAGUUAUGACAAAGGGAGAAAAGGGCGAAACUGGUCCGCGAGGUAAGCGCGGACAUCCGGGUCCUCCUGGGCCUCGUGGGGCACCGGGGCUACCGGGGCCCCCGGGGACACCGGGCACAGAUGGACCUUCCGGAGACAUAGGACUGCCUGGAUGGACGGGCCCACCGGGUGCCGUAGGUCAGCCCGGACCUCCGGGGCAAAAAGGUGAAAAAGGCGACUCCGGGAUAACCUCAACGGACCUAGAAAAGAUAAAAGGGGAAAAGGGUGACCGCGGGUUCAACGGGGCGCCGGGGCCGACUGGUAGGGAAGGCCCCCGCGGGCCGCCGGGGCCCCAGGGUCCGGCGGCUCCUAAUAUGCAGUACCUACCUGUCCCCGGUCCGCCGGGGCCCCCGGGUCCUCCGGGGCCCCCGGGAUACGCUAACGAGGUUCCGUUCGACACGUUGACGGAUAGCCCCGGGACUAAACGCGGGCCCGGCUCAGGCAAACCCUACGACUCGAUACAGAUGCUCAGAAAACUGAAUCAAAUAAUGAAGAUGCAUAAAAUAUAUCGACCUGAGCAAUUUGCCCCAAGCGACCCGGACCAGUUAGAUACUCUAGAAAAUCCUGAUGUCCCCGGAGAGGAAGAGGAAGACGGGGUAACAUUAGUCGGCACGGUGUUAUUCAAAACUACGGACUCAUUGUUACGGCUGGGAGCAAACAGCCCUCGGGGGACAAUGGCGUAUGUCAUUCAAGAGCAGGCACUUCUGGUUCGCGUCGACAACGGAUGGCAGUACGUCGCGAUGGGCUCCCUGCUGGCGAUCCAUAGCCAACCAGAGAGUGGGCCAACGCGGACCACACUCCAGAACAUUUUGGAGACAUCCAGCUUGGUACAUCACAAGAAUCCAGCGGGAGAAGGACCAGUCCUACGUCUGAUCGCAUUGAACGAGCCUCAUACUGGCGACAUGCACGGAGUGAGCAGCCUCAACUAUGACUGCCAAAGACAAGCCCAGAGAGUAGGGUUAGAAGGAAGCUUCAAGGCGUUUGUGUCUUCAAGGGUCCAAAACAUCGACUCAAUAGUCAGCUGGGUGGACCGAGACAUACCGGUGGUCAACACACGAGGGGAUGUCCUAUUCAACUCCUGGGGUGAGAUGUUCGACGGCUCCGGAGCUCUAUUUGCCCACGCACCAAGGAUUUACAGCUUCAACGGGAAGAAUGUGCUGACGGAUCCUGGGUGGCCAAUAAAAGCAGUAUGGCAUGGAACGAGUCCCAAUGGCGAGCCGGCCAUGGACGCGUACUGCGAUGCAUGGCACAGCAGCAGUCCGGACAAAUUUGGCCUGGCCUCCUCGCUACGCUCCAACAAGCUAUUAGAUCAAGAAACAUAUUCGUGCAGUACGAGACUCAUCGUGCUUUGCAUUGAAGCGACACCACUUGAUACAGCACGAAGAAAAAAACGCUCUAAGUCUGACGUAAAUGAAAAAAUGAGAAUCCAGAAACACAUCGAAGAAAAACAAAACGACAGUAGUUAUAAUUUAUAG